AUGUUUAAGUUCUCAACAAUUUUAUUAGUUUUGGUGGCAGGACAAGUAUGGAGUGUUCCUUUAAUACCUCAAAUAGGCGAUGAAGAAGAAAUUGUGGAAGUCGACGACAAUGCUCUAUUAAACGAAGAGCAGUAUUUAAGAGAUGUGAUUGAUUUGAGUUUCUAUGGCUCUGCCAUGUUUGGAGAACCAGAUGAUCAGCAUACUGCUCGUAUGGUAGCCAAUUAUACACCCGAAGCUUUUGAAGUUAACCCCGAAGAAUUGGGUACCUAUUUGGAGGGCGAUAUUUUAAUACCCAAACCAAUUAUCACUAUGAAAAAUGGUCUCACCUCGCAAAGCUCUCGCUGGCCUAAGGGUGUUGUGCCCUAUGAAAUUCGUGGUAAUUUUAAUGCUCAAGACAUGUCCAUUAUUGAACAUGCGAUUAGUGAAUACCAUCGUCGUACUUGUAUACGUUUUGUGCCACGCAGCAGCGAACUAGACUAUGUUUCAAUUGUUAGUGGUAAUUCUGGUUGUUGGUCUUCGGUGGGACGUGUUGGUGGCAAGCAAGAAGUGAAUUUGCAAUCUCCUGGUUGUUUAACAAAGCCCGGUACUGCCAUGCAUGAACUUAUGCAUGCUUUGGGUUUCUUGCAUGAGCAAAAUCGUGAGGAACGUGACUCAUUUGUAAACAUUCAAUAUCAAAACAUCCAACAAAGUGCCAUGUCUAACUUUGAUAGAGCUGCUAAGACCUUGGCGUUUGGAGUACCCUACGAUUAUGGCAGUGUUAUGCACUAUUCAGCCAAUGCUUUCUCUACUAAUGGACGUCCUACAAUUGUGCCUGUGCAAAAUAUGGGUAACACUAAAAUGGGCCAGCGUGAUGGUUUCUCCGAUUUUGAUGUUGAGAAACUUAAUAAAAUGUAUGAUUGCGGUUAUGGUGGUGAAUCAGCACAAUUGCCUAGUCCUGGCUCUCAAGCUAUAGAUAACGGUCUAAUUGGCAGUUUGGUUAGUGGCAUUCUGACCGGUUUAGGUUUGGGUGAUCAACAUUCAUCAUAAAUCUUUAUAAGAAAUUUAUUAAAAGUUUAAUUGUAUCCAUGGCACGACAUAUAAUAACAUUAAUCAUUUACUAUUUAUUUGGACAUUUUAGUUAAAUUAAGUGAAAUUUCUAUGCCAAAGUAUUGUAUUGUACUUUAACUAUUAAUAAAUAAAAUUUUAUAUUUAAUCAUUUAGAAAGCAAUGAAA